CUGCCCCUCCCUUGGGGUGGGAACUGUCCUGAGGACUCUGAUCUGGGAGGUAGAUCUCCAAACUGCUCCUGUUAUUUGGAGUGUCCAUGGAGUCCUCUCCCUGCUCUCUCCUGCUUCCCACGAUACUGUUGCUGCUGUUCCAUGGUGUCAAUGGGAACAGCCUGCCAACUGUGUGUGGGCACUCUACCAAACAGCAGAGAAUUGUAGGAGGGCAGGAUGCCCAGGAAGGACGAUGGCCAUGGCAGGUCAGCUUAAGGACCUCUACCGGGCAUCAUAUCUGUGGAGGCUCUCUCAUCCACCCCAGUUGGGUGCUAACUGCUGCUCACUGCUUCACGAUCUUUAACAGUUCCAGUUCCCAGUUCCCAGUUCCAGUUCCCUCAUCUUAUCUCUUAAGGAUGGGAGAGCUGAAGCUGUAUACAUCUCCACACAAUUCCUUCUAUGCCACUGUGAAAAGAAUCUUCAUUCACCCUUCCUUCCAAUGGAGAUCCUAUAAAGGGGAUGUUGCAUUGCUACAAUUGGACUCCCCCGUUCAGAUCACUCCUGUCUGCCUCCCAGAACCGCAGAUCCAAUUUCCUACUGGCACCCUGUGCUGGGUGACUGGAUGGGGAAAAACCAAAAAAGGUCCUGCCUCUGCCUUACAAGAAGCCCAGAUUCCCCUGAUUGACGCCAAGGCUUGUGAUGACCUAUACCAUAUCUACAGACGCGCAGAUUCAAGGCGAUCCAUAAUUGAAGAUGACAUGAUUUGUGCUGGAUACAAGUGGGGCAAAAAAGAUGCAUGCCGGGGUGACUCGGGAGGCCCUCUUGUCUGUGAGAACAAUAAUACUUGGUUCCAGGUUGGGGCUGUGAGCUGGGGACUAGGUUGUGGUCUACGCAACCGACCAGGAGUUUAUACCCGGGUCCAGGCUUAUAAAGAUUGGAUUCAAACCACCAUCGCCAGCUCUGCUCCAGUCAUUCUCUCAGGGCCUGCUCUGCUGCUGACAGUGGUUCUUCUCGUUAUCCAGUGAGGUCCUUCCCAGUCCACUUCAACUCUAACCACCAGGGAUCCUUUCUGCCCCUUCAUUUGGAUCAAUCCUUUUCUGUAUCCUGAAUGCCUUUCUUUGCACUUUGGCUGAUGGCAGCUGUAUUUUUGUCUGGAGGAUGGAAGGGGAGGAUCACAAGUUGCCGUACCUUGUCCCUAGUCCUGGCCUGCAUCUGAUGCUAGUGGAACACAAAAGUGGAAAGUGAUAUGGUCCCUUUCCAAAGGGAAGGAAGUCACAGUCUUUCUGGGUGUCCUAUCUAGGACAUCUCCACCAUCAUAUAGCUAUCAUUUAGCAACAUGUCAAUCAUAUAUGUGGUCCUAUCUAUAUGCAGAAAAAGCCCAAAGGAGGCUCAUCCUGGGCUAGUCACCUGGAAAAACUUUCUAGAAGGAAGGAGAAUUAGGCAGCAAGAAACCUGAGAUUCAGUCCUGACUGUGGUCCAGAAGCAAGUCAUUUUCCCCAUCUUCUGUAAAAUGAGAUGGCUGGUCUAGUGUGAUAGAGACAUGAGAGAGAGAUUUUGCAGGACUUGUGGACCAAGAUGCAAGAGAGGAUUCCAAUGGAAUGUCCCCAGUUGUUGGCAGCUUGAGUUGAUGGGGGUUUUUUGAACUUGGUCUCUGACUGGGAGAUACACUCUCCCUGGAGGUUUGAAGCUGGCUGAAAGACUUGUGAGGCUGAUUUGAUUUUUUUGUUUUCUCUGGCUCUGAGCAGUGGAAGCUGAUCAGGGAGAAGCUUUUGAGUUGGUGGUCUAUAAGAGAGUUGAGCUGAUCAGGAGAAACUUGGAGACUUUGAACUUUGUUUCUUUCUGGGUUUAAGCUGAGAGAUCUGGCUGAUUUGUGAAGAAGAAAGAAGAUUUUGAACUGCUAUUGUCCUCCAUCUUUCUAACUGUCCAAGAGUCACACUUGUGACUCCCCAAACCCUCAAUUUUAUAUCAUUUAGAUUGGGGAAAUUCCUCAUCUCUCUUACCUCAGUUUCCCAUACUGUUAUCCUAAUAAACCUCUUGACUGAGAAAGCAACUAGAGUAUCUUUAUAGUUCACUCAAGAGGGAGGGAAGGAGCCAAAGGCUUCAAGAAGAACUGGUGGAGGGGGGUGAGGGAGGCAAGGGAGGGAGUAAGGGAGGAAGGAGGUUAGGAAAUAGAUUGAUUCAUCAGCAAUCAAUAGGGAUCAAUAGGCAGAAACCCCAGAGUAAAUCCCAGAACAGUCCUUUAUAAGCAGUCCCUGUGUAGUGGCAUCCCCCCAGCAGCAUUUCUGUUCUACUUCCAUUAACAAUAAGCAGAUUCAGGUCCCUGUAGCAUCCUGUUUGCCAUAGCCAGCCAGAGAACAACAGUCAUUGUGAAGUAACAGGUACCCCUCAGUUUAUCCUAUAGUUCAAGAUGUAACAGUUUCCAGUCAGUUUACCUUUACCAUUUCAAGCAGUAAUAAGUUUCCCUCAGCUUACAUUUUUAUUUCACCAGGUAGGAGUUCUUAACCUUUUUUGCACCCUUGGACAGUCUGGUAAAGCUGAUGGACACUCCAGAAUAAGGUUUUUAAAUGUCUAAGAUAAAAUAGUAAACUAAAGGUUAUUAAAAUGAAGAUGUCAUUUUUCUUCCUAGCCAAGUUCUUGAACCCCUUGACGACCUGUGGUGUACAGGUCAGAAAUCCCUUGACUAGGUGAUCUCUAUGGCUGCUUCUGACUUUGAUAUU